AUGGAAUUAGAAUCUGCAGAGAGACUGCUGCAUUUGAAGGUUGAAGAAAAUGAGAGACUGUGGCGUUUGGAGGAUGAAGAACAUGAAAGGCAGCAUCAACAUGAGACUGACAUGCUGACUCUUCGGGGCAUAGAGGUAAUGGGGAUGGGAACAACUGAAUCACAGAAGCAACAAAGAUCAGUACAUUUCUUCCACAUUUGCAGAAGCUGUUUGGUAAAGUAUUUGGAAGAAAAUAACACCUGCCCCACCUGUAGAAUUGUAAUUCAUCAGAGCCAUCCGCUACAGUAUAUUGGCCAUGAUAGAACAAUGCAGGAUAUUGUCUACAAACUUGUGCCUGGCCUUCAAGAAGAGGAAAUGAGAAAACAGAGGGAAUUCUAUCAGAAACUUGGCAUGGAAGUCCCUGGGGACAUAAAAGGUGAGACGUGUUCUGCCAAGCAACACUUAGAUGCUCAUCGUAAUGGUGAAACAAAAACAGAUGAGAAUUCGAACAAAGAAACAACAGAGGAUAAACAGGAAGAAGAUCAUGAUUACCACAGAAGUGACGAACAAGUGAGCAUCUGCUUAGAAUGCAACAGCAGUAAGUUACGGGGCUUGAAACGAAAGUGGAUCCGCUGCUCAGCUCAGGCAACAGUCUUACACUUAAAGAAGUUCAUUGCCAAAAAACUCAACCUCACAUCUUUUAAUGAGUUGGACAUUUUAUGCAAUGAAGAAAUUUUGGGAAAAGACCACACACUUAAAUUUGUAGUUGUCACAAGAUGGAGAUUUAAGAAAUCGCCACUUUUACUGCAUUACAGACCUAAAAUGGAUUUAUUGUAAGAGGAGGAACUCUGUGGUUGCCCUGGACUUGUAAAGUAUUUUUUGCAGAGACUAUCAUCUGGACCCUAGUUAGUGCAUUGCUGAAAAUUCACACAAUGUGGCAUAUACCAGCAGAAUCACACAAUGUCAUUGUGGUGCCCUAACAGAGGAGCUGUGUUAGUUUUUAUUACUUCUGAGGAUGUGGAGGAACAGACUUACGGACAGUAUAUAUAUAUAUAUAUAUAUUUAUACUUUUGUACAAAGGAAAUAAUGAAACUUCAACAAGACACUACCAGAGAUCAGUUUACAGAGUAACACAAACACUUACUGGUUCCUUUUUUGGAAGGCAUUAAGUUUUGCUGCAAACAAACUAUUUUUACAACAAAUCUGAGCACAACAUACAGUGAUGAAAAUGGUAAAAAGGUUAAUUUUGACACCAAAUGUUUUAUUGUUAAUUUCCAUGUUGUUGCAACUUGGAUAGAGUAUAUAAAUUUAUCUGUUUUUAAGUGUGCUAACUUAUGUCUCAGAGCUUUUUUGGGGCUUUCUUUCUUUGUUGUCUUCAGGACAUUCAGUUUGAUAAGCAAACUAGUAUAAUAUCUCAAGCGGUUAUGUAUACUGUAUUUAAGAGUUCAUAAUUAUAAGCAUUAUAAGAGGUAUUUAAGAUUUGGGGUGAAAAUAUUUAACAUUUGAAUAUUAAUUGUAAUGGCUACAAACCCCUAUGGGGAACAAUGUCAGUUUUUUUUUCCUGCUGGUUCUUCUGCAUUGUAUUUGGAAAUUAUUUUUUUUUAAUUUAAGGAUGAAACAGAAGGGUACCCCUACCGAGAAUUUCUCCAUUACAGCUUUACUGAAAUGGUAUUUGGGGAGUCAUGGUCAAAGAGUUUACUGCUGAUGUUUUAUUGACAAAAAUGGUUGUUCAUAAAAUUUAUGACUGAUUUUGCAAGGACAGGGAAAGAAAUAAUGCAGUCAAGCUUAUUUAAAAAUGUAGGUAAAUGUCCAUUCAGGUCCCCAGAUAGCCUUUUUCCUGUUUACAUGCAAAUACAGAGUUGAUUGUUUUGCCUUAAAUACUGUUUUUCAAAACUAAACAGAAAAGGAAAACUCUCAGCUUGCUGCAGCAGAAAGGACCACCAUGAGGCUGCCUUGAAGAAUAUGUAGUCAUCUUAAAAAAAAAAAAAUGCAGAAAUGAGAUCCAGAAAACUUGAAAGUGUGAGGUUGAGCUUGCUCAAGGUUUUAAGUGUACUUUUGAAUUUACAAAUUGCAUAUUUGUGAAUCACUGGAAUUUGUCACGGUGCUAUAUUACAAUUGUGAAAUAUAGGAAUAUAGAGCCAGUAUUAACAACAACAGCUGGUUAAUAAAUUGAACCAAACUUAA